AUGGGUCUAAAGUUCUGGAGUAUCUUGCUUUUAGCUGUUCAACUCAUCGUAAUUCCUCAGUCAGCAUCUGCUUUUGGUGGACUGUUUGGCGGACAUCAUGGCGGUCGCUCUGAAGUAGCAGAAAUAUUAGCGGCUGGUAUUAUCACCAAGCUUUUAAUGGAAGAGUAUUCUCCAAGGCCAACGGUCAUGCAUGCGCUUAGUCACGGAAUGAUGGGUGGAUACACGCUGGAGCUACCACGUCCACAUAUGCAUUCCCUUAUGAUGCCUCGCAUGCCCAUGAUGCAUCCUUACGCCCUUUCUCCCAUGCUCCACCAUCCCAAUAUCUACAUGCAACAGGCCACUCUCAUGCACCAUGCGCGUAAGCAAGCUCUCGAGUCCAGCCUCAAGGAAGAAAUCCGUGCCCUAGAAGCCUCGGAGAGUUUGCUGAAUGCAUACCUAGCCAGCAACGGUGAUGGAGAAGCUACGACCUUGGAGGAACUUCUGUCUGAAGACGAUUCUUUGCCAGCUGCAGCACUGCUUCUAGAAGCUGCAGAAUUAGGUGACCAGGAAGAAAAGCUGACCGUCAAAGCUGAUGCUCCCGUUCCUGACGUCAUUGAAGCUGCAGGAAGCGAGAAUGAAUCUAGAUACAUUUUACCAAGAAUCGCUCGAUAUUUUGUUCAAAGGCUUCUCAGGAGGGCCGAAAGUCAUUAA